AUGAGGUCGCUUCGUUUCAUUUCUGCUGAAGCGUUAGUGUCCCACCCCAAGAUGGUCCAGGAGAACCUGAACAAUAUAGCCUACAACCUCUACCCACUUCUCUUCAAGGCCAGUUACCUGCUAGAGCAAGCAGAAGUAACCCGUGCUCUGCUGAGUCACUGGCCACUAGAGGAGUUCCGGCUGGCUGUGCUGCUGAGGCCAAACACUGACCACGCUGAAGACCUGAGUGAUCGUGCCUGUAAGGCCUGCCUGGAGGCCUGUAUACAGGGCAUAGCUGACCAUGUGCUGAAAAGUGGGAGCAACCGCCUUCGGGUAGCUGAUUUCACUGGCAUCCAGGAUGUUCAGGUGCAGCAAUGUCCUUGUGGGAGGGCACUAGGAAGGUGGGGCCGUACCAAGGUGCUGGCCAGGACCUGCUGCCAGCUCCAUGGACAGCACUGUACAGCUGGGCACCCCAUUGAAGUCUUUGCUGACCUCUUUGUCACAGAAGGGAACUUUGACAUGGUGGUGCAGGCCUUGAAGCCAUCAGGCCCAGCACCUCUGCAGGUCUGUUGCCCUUCACUCCGGGCAGACAGCCUGAGUCCUGGGCAGCUCCUACAAGUGCUUGGCCUGGCUGGGCCAGGCAACCUUAGAAAGUUGGAGGUAGUACACAAUGUACGCUUGCAUGCUGGCCAUGUGCAGCAGCUGCUGGCCCAGGUGGGCUUCCCUCAGCUGACCUCACUCACCUUGCCCACCAAGGCCUUCGAUGCUCCCCCAACAUAUGCCCCAAAUCCAGAGGGUGAGGAUCUCCUCCUUACCUCUAUUGCCUGGGAGCUCAGCCAGAUGAACCAGCUCACUGAACUAAGUGUAGCUUUCUCUACACUGACUGGGAAGAUCCAAACAUUGCUUAGUCCCUUGAAGACCCCACUAAGAGUGCUGGACCUAGCCAACUGUGCCCUUAAUCAUGAAGACAUAUCCUUCUUAGCAGACUGUAACCACACUGCCCACUUGGAGGUGCUGGAUCUCAGUGGACACAACCUGGUACAUUUGUACCCUUCUACCUUCUUCAGGCUGCUGAGCCAGGCUGCCAAAACGCUGAGAGUGCUCACCCUAGAGGAGUGCAACAUCACAGACAGCCAUGUUAACAUGAUGAUUCUGGGCCUUAGCCCUUGCAGCCAGCUCCAGCAGUUCAAGUUCCUUGGGAACCCGCUGUCAGGCAGUGCUCUCCGGCGCCUUUUUGCUGCACUCUGUGAACUCCCUAGCCUGCGCAACAUUGAGUUCCCAGUGCCAAAGGACUGUUACCCUGAGGGUGCUAUCUACCCCCAGGAUGAGCUGUCAGUGUCCAAAUUCGACCAACAGAAAUAUGACAUGAUUGCAGAGGAUCUUCGAGCAGUACUGCUUCGAGCUAACCGGGAGGACAUCCAGGCUUCCACGCCACUUUUUGGAAGUUUUGAUCCAGAGAUUCAUGAAACCAGCAAUGAACUUGGUACUUUCUUGCUGCAAGCUUUCAAAACUGCUUUGGAAAACUUUUCCAGAGCGCUAGAACAAAUGGAGUAGGUCCUGGAAUCAUGCCAUAAGAGG